UCCAAAUAGUCCAAGUGAAGGCGCGCACACGCAAAAGGGAGGGGAAGGACGCUGCCUGCACAACAAGGAUUCGGGACUCUGCACCCCGUCAUCCUAUCGCACCUAAACAUGAUGCUUCCACUUUAAAGACGCCAGGGAGGAGUUGGAUGGGGGAAAGGAGCGCUUUUUUGAGAGCUUUACGCGGAGGAGGGAGCGCAGCUUCUCGGCCGAGCGCAGCGCACACCAGCUCGGCCGGAGACCAUCGCCUGUUCCCCCCCGCAUGGGAAAGUCCGCGACAUGCCUCCACAGCGUCAUGCACAGCCUGCGAACAGGCAAGAUCUCUGAGUGGUGGAGUGCCUUUACAGUCCUCCGUGCGCAUUAAGGAAGCACAGAUCAUUAUUCCGAUUCUUUGCUAGAUAAGAAGUAGUGAUUGGCACCUCACCUUUUGACUUUUGUUGCUAUGGAGAAUCUCAGCGAGCUCCAGAACCCUUUGUUGGACAAAAAUAGCAAGCACAUGGUCAACGGUUAUGGAGGAGACUUCCCUAACAACCAGUACCAGGAAAACAUUAUUAAUUAUUUUGCCGGAGGUGGUGGCGAGAGCGGCGGCGGCGGCGGCGGCGGUGGUGGCGGCGGCGGUGGCGGUGGAGGCAAGGCGAGCAAUGUCGUGAGCGGAGGUGGUUACAGUAGCAAUGCCAAGAUCAAGUCGCAGCAGCUCUUGGACGCCACCUCGCUGCAUUUGGCCGUGGAGGCCUUCUACAGACCCAACUUCAUCCUGUACAAGGAGGACAAUGGCAGCAUCAAGGCCAAGGAAUACAAAAGCGAGUGCUGCGAGACCACCUUCACGGAGAAGAAGGCCAAGGAGGCGUCCAACACGGUCGGAGGGGAUGGCACCGGCCCCGAGGACCCGCAGGCCAAGAUGAUGGAGGACGGCGAGCAUGUCAAGAUCCAGACUGUUUCAUACGAGGUGGAGGAGGAAGAAUACGUGGAGUAUGAGACGGACUGCUCCAGCGACAGCGAGAGCGAGGAUAAUUUUAUUGUGGUGCCUCCGCGGGACCACCUUGGCUUGGCCAUCUUCUCCAUGCUGUGCUGCUUCUGGCCUCUGGGAAUUGCAGCGUUUUACUUCUCGCAAGGGACCACCAAGGCGGUGCACAAAGGCGACUUCCCGUUGGCCAACAUCGCCUCCCGACGCGCUCUCUUCCUGGCCGCUCUGUCCAUCACCAUCGGCACUGGCGUCUACGUGGGGGUGGUGGUGGCGCUCAUCGCCUACCUUUCAAAACCGGGACACAUAUAGCGGCUGCUCGCAUCCACCCUGGGGAGAGCCGCAGAAGGAGAAGAGUCCCCUCGGGGGGAAACCAGCAGUGCUGUUUCUGCAAAUUUGGAGAAAAGUUUUUUGAGGGGUGGGUUGGUUCAGUUUUCCUUUCCACCUUCCUUUUUUUCCCUGCAGACUCCCUGUCAGCCAGAAUUAGCACAGCGACAGGAAAAAGGGGUCAAGCUGGAAGCAUUUGGGCGGCUUUCAUGUUGUUGAGGCCAGGAAAAGUUUUGAGGAAUGGAUGGGAACCCAGUUUGCAUUCUAUUGACCUCGCCCCCCCCUUUGGACUUGACCUCUUGUUGGCUGUUUUUCUAAACUUCCAAGAGGUGAAAGGAGACAAACAAGCCUGUGAGCACCAUCACAAGGAGAAGAACCCCCAAAAAAUCCAACCGCAUCUUUGUUGUCUUCAAUUGCCACCUGGGAUCCUAAUGUUAAUAAACAAGCAAAGGACUUCUGGAGACACCAGAACUGAUAACGGCAUUCUUAGCGGAGCUUUUUACUUCACCUUAGGGAAGAUGUGACUACCCAUCUGUCAAAGUCUUUCUCAAAAAUCUAACACCAUCCUCUCAUGCCAGAUGUUGUUUGCUUACAACCCAAGUGUGCUUUCUUUGUGUUCGUCCCCCCCGCAGUCUAAUGACACCUCCGUACAUCUGCCUUUACCUGAGUUGUAGCGAGCGUUGCCAGGGGACGGGGAUGUCAAAAAAAUGCCCUCAGCAUUCCGUCUAUCCGCCCACCUAGUAACCAUUCCAAACAAUAAACACUGAAGGAUUUAUUCAUACUCUGAAUCAUAUCCACUUUUAUCAUUCAUUGGGAGAUGGCGUCGAUGAGGUAAAACAAGCCCCACCCUUUACCAGCCACCAUUCACCACCACUGUAAGGACCUACCGACCCCCAAGUUCAACAAUCACCAUAAACGGUCCCAUUCGUUUACGCACAUUCCUUGGGGUUCAGCGGCCGCUAUGAAACUAGGUGUUUUUAUUUAGGACCACUACUAUUAUACUAUAUAUUUGCCAGUUAUUUCAAAUUGUGCAAACCCACAAAAUUAUCCACCACCACACGCUACAGCGCCCUAAUGGGCUCCACCCACGGGAGGCCACGUCGCCUCUAGUCCAUUCAUUUGCAAUGGAAGCCGCGCAAUUUGCGAAAUUUGUGUCAAUUUGUGCGCACGCUGGCUUGCGACACAAUCCCAAAAAUAUGAAAAAUUAAAAACUAGUUUCAUUAACUGACCGACAAACGGACGGAUGCCAGUCGGUCCUCUCUCGAAGGUAAACAUGUCACUAUUUCCUGUCACUAUUUAACCUUUUUAUAAAGGAAUAUGGAAAUUAAAAAAGGAGCGGCUUGGGAACUUGUUAGCGUCAGAGUAAGCAUAUGAGGUAAGUUUACGCCAACAUUUAUGUAAGUUUAUUCUGGAUACUAAAAAGAUCCGUUACGGGCAAGACUACACGAGCAUCAUUGGCCGCUUUUCCUCCUCUGAACUUCUCUGAUACCCCCAAAUUCAUAAUUUGCUCUGGAUGCUCACUGAUGUAACUCGAGAGUUUGCUAUGCCUUGGCGAUGAGUUUCACCAAUCGUGGUCGUUUGUCGCCAUAACACCCUACCCCCAUGAGAAGGUCAACUUAACACCAUAAUUCACCAUAAUCCAGAAUACGUUUCUACACAAGGAGGUCCCUUUUGGGGGUGAUGAAAGACAAAAGUAUCUGUAGUGGGGCAUCAUGCAUUGGUUGGGGUUCAGUGGCAACUAAGAAACUUUUUUCCUUUUAAUUAUGACUACACAUGUUGAAUAUUUUUCCAUCAUUUGGACUUGUGGAUUUUUUUAAAUCAAAAUUUUGUACGCCCCGACCCGUCCCCGGCCCCCGUCCACACCUCACGCUACAUCACAGCCCAGAACGUUCCCAAAGUUUGUUGGGAAACAAAGGUCCUAAAUCAAAUGAAUGUUGUCAUUAAGAGGCGUGUAGCGGUCUACUCCGACACUGCGUCGGAUUUAGCGGCAAUAAAUUUGGCUUUUUGUCAGGCGUGUUCAAUCAACAGCGCGCUGCCAUGCAUGAUUGAUACAUUUUUUGUCCUCGGUUAUAUGAAACAAAAAAGGUAAAUUGAAAUUGAUCGUGUUGGAAAGAGAAAAUCAACUGAGCGCAAGGAUUUGAGUCGUGUUCCAAAGCAAGCAACAUUGAGUGAGACUUGAAUAAAUGACACAAGUUGGGAACAUUCGAUGUGAAAAAGCUUAUUAAUUACCGAGGUUAUUUUAUUUGUCAUUAUAAGCAGGCGGGGUGCGGGGUUCAAGACGCAAAACCACAAGAAGUAACAUUCUACUUAGCUUCCCGGCAUCCGUCAUACCUGACAUUUAUGGAGCAAAAUUAGCUCCGUGUAAUGGCCUCUUUCUUUUUGUUCCGAGGGAAUGUGCGUACUCUCUGGAGCGUGGCUCUAAAAUAGCACAAGCACAUUAAUUUCAAUAAUAGGCAUGGCGUCAGUGGCGUGGAGUAAACGAUCCACUAAAGAAGUCUCCACGAGGGAACACGCUAAUUCCAAGGCGGACAUUUUUUUCUUUUUGGGAAUUUUGCCCAUCAUCCACAAUCCUUAUGUGAGACAUGAACAAACGCAUCUUUGUUUUUUCUGCUAACAUUUGUGUUCUCCUGUCUCCUGUCUAAUGUUGUUGUACAAUACAAUACAAUACAUUAUAUGUAUAUCAUAUCUAUUACCUUGGACAAGUGCUGAGUGUACAUCCCGAUUUUAAGACGAGUUUAAAAAUAAUUAAAAUUUGAUACUGUUGAUCUAUCAUCCACAACCCUUGUGUGACAUGUGACAUAUCUUUCUAUUUUCUGUUUGUUCUCCAGAUAUAAAACUAAUUUUUUUAAAAAAGAGUCGGCUAAGAAUGCGCAUAAUGUGACACAUCUUUCCCGCCUUUAUAGAGUCCUGAAAACACCUCCAGAAACGGCCAACAAGGCUCCAUACAUAUAUUAACUGCAUAUUAACAAAGCUAGGUCAACAUUGUUAUUGUUGUUAUUAACGUGGUUACACCCAAGAACUACCUUCCUGGCGUAGUGACACCUUGCCACACCACAGCCGGCUAGCGACUAGCUCCAACACACUGGCUCCCAAUGCCUCAAGCCACAUUGGAGUGUUUUGUUUUGGAGGCUAGGUGUAGCGUCGCUGUCUAUGUUGCUAUGUGAAAAGUAUGAUAUGUUAUCAUGAAUGUACUUGUUACUACAUGAAAAACCAGAAAACCAUGUUGGAGCCUUUUGGAGGUGUUGUAUACGUGGAAUAGGUGUGUCCCAUUGUGGCCUCUUUUUAUCUGUUUGUGUAUCUUUAGAAAACACAUGUGUGGUCAUGUCCCACAGACUGUAAGGACUGAGGAUGAUGGGCAAAAAUACAAAAAAAGUUCACUUUUCCUUUAUGUGCUCUUUUUCAGGUUUCAAAAUGGAGUUAACAUGUGGUUAACGACCUUUCACCCCAUGCUUUAUGUUAUAUUGCGUACAGGCAACCUGCUGUUGUGUUUGUUUUUGUGUGUGAUUAUGUUUUGAUUCUCCUCUGUCACUCUAAUAAGCACAUGAAUGAAAGACGGGGUUUUCUUUGGUUUUCAUGUUUUAGGAUUUGUGUGUGCCGGCAAGCGUGUACAUAGUGGACAUUUAAUGGCAAAUAAAUCCGAAAAUAAGGGC